UGUUCCCCGAGAAAAUCUGUUAUGCCGGCCGGCGACAACAACUCUUUUCCGGGAUCAGUAGCCAUCGCUCUCGCAGCCAUUAUAAUUCCGAUCCUCCUCAGCAUUUUCGCCCGGAAUCCCCCAAUUUCUCGGCGACCAAGCAAUCCCAAUCUCACAGUGAAAGACCCUACCACCGCCGCUGACAUGGACGGGAUUCGGCACAGGACUUUGACCCUCAACGGGAUAAACGUCCACGUGGCGGAGUCGGGCCCCGCCGACGGCCCCGUCGUCCUCUUCGUCCACGGAUUCCCGGAGCUCUGGUACUGCUGGCGCCACCAGAUGGCCGCCGUGGCCUCCCACGGCUACCGCGCGGUGGCGCCGGAUCUGCGAGGGUUCGGCGACACCGACGCGCCGGCCGAUCCCGCGAGCUACACGGCGUUCCACGUUGUCGGCGACCUCGUGGCGCUGAUCGACGCGGUGGCGCCGGAGGGGCAGAAGGUUUUCGUCGUCGCCCACGAUUGGGGAGCUUACAUGGCUUGGUAUCUGUGCCUUUUCAGGCCCGAUAAGGUCAAGGCGCUGGUCAACAUGAGUGUUCUAUUCAAUCCCCGGAGCCCAAAUCGGAAGCCUCUUCCGUCGUUGAAGGCUUUCUUGGGCGAUGAUUACUACGUUUGCAGGUUUCAGGAGCCGGGAGUGAUAGAAGCAGAAUUUGCAGAGCUAGGUACAGAGAGGGUUCUGAAGGAGUUCUUUGCUUACCACACCCCAGCUCCUCUCUACAUGCCUAAGAGCAAGCCAUUCGGCCACUCGCCGGACGUGCAAAUCGCACUGCCACCUUGGCUGUCGGAGGAAGAUCUCAAGUACUACAUCGACAAGUUCGAGAAGACGGGCUUCACCGGAGGAUUGAACUAUUACCGGAACAUCGACAGGAACUGGGAACUGACUGCGCCGUGGCAAGGGGACCAAGUGAAAGUGCCGGUGAAGUUCAUCGUCGGAGAUCAGGACCUUACCUAUAACACUGGGAACGCCAGAGACUACAUUGGCAAAGGGGGGUUCAAGAGGGACGUUCCGUUUCUGCAGGAAGUGGUGGUGAUGCCUGGCGUCGGCCAUUUUCUCAACGAAGAGAGGGCCGACGAGAUCAACAGCCACAUUGUCGAAUUCAUUCGCAAGUUCUGAUCUGAUUCUUCCGUCGGUGAUCUGAAAUCUGAAUCGUGUUCUUGUUGUGUAUACUACCUGAAACGUGUUCAGUGUGGUUGAAAGCUUGUUGGCAAUCCAACGCCUCGGUUGUGAAAAAAACAUCUGUAACUUGCGGGUACAGAAUGUGAUGUCUUUACUUGCAAGCAAAGUAUGCAUAUAAAUAAAGGAAUCUACAUGUGUUCACAGAAAUCUCUUCUUCUAAUCCCUUUUG